AUGUUCCAGGUCUUGUCGCUGCUGUUACUGCUGCUCCUUGAGAGCGUCUCCAGUGUGCGCUCGCCCCCUCAGUUACCUCAUCAAUUCCAAGCCGAGGUGUUGGUUUUGUCACAUCUCACCGAUCCUCGUCAGGAGUAUCCACCGUCCAUGGGGAGGAUGAAGGUCCAGUACGACUUUGACCAGCAACUGGCAAGGGCCGAGAUGCUGGAAGGAUACAACGCAGGCAAAACCUUUGUGCGGCGCUACGACCAGAAACAAGAGUUCAUGGUCAAGAGCGGAGAGUUCCGAAAGUGCGAACGUGCCUACUUGGGCGACGCUAUGCCAGUACCGGAGAUCCCAUUUACUCAGGAAUUUGUGAGUGUGAGAGGCAAAGUGUGUGAACAUUGGGUGCACACACACGAUAACGUUCGUGUGCAUGUGUACAGUGACGUUGCUACGAAUGUUCCGAUUCGGCUGACGGAAGAAAAUGUCAUUAACGGGCAACCCACGAUGCUGCAGACGUUCGACCUGCAAAACGUUCAUGUUGGACCGCAGAACGCGUCGAGCUUUGCCAUUCCCGACGGAUACGAGCGAAGUGACUGCGUACGUAACGUGGGAGGGUUCCCCUAUAUCCACGCUUUCCACUACUACCUCCGAUUUUAG